UUGCCUUGGUACCAGCUUGGCCUGUUAUUCAACGAUCUCUCUAUAAAGUUCCAAGUCGAAUUCUUUUCUAUAUCUCUUUUAUUUAUUUAUUUAUUUAUUUAUUUAUUUUUUCUACCUCUAGCUUGGUUCAUUAGUCUUUGUAAACUGCACUCCUGUUGGACUAAGGAAACAUUAUAAUCCCCUCAUCCUUCGUUCGUUCAUCACCCAUGCAGCAGGUCACGUUUUACACGUUUUUUGGACGCACCCCUAUUCCUUCCAUGAUAUCCAGUUUAAUUUCGUCCUGUCUCUUCCAUUAUUCCAGACGUUUACGUUACCGCGUUUUCAGGGCAGACCCAUUGAAAUUCGUAGGAUCUAUCCGGUUUAUUGUACAUUAACCAUUAUUCGGUACCACCUUUCUUCCUGUACUCCGCAGACCCAGGUGUUCAAAGGAACACUUGGAAUGGUCUAAAAUUAACGUAAAAGGUGCCCAUAUCCCUUCUCAGUAUUCGAGCAAUGCGAAACGUCCAUGAAAUGUUCUCGGAAACGUGAUUAAUGCUGCAUGGGUAUGGAGAAUCCAUGUCCCAUCAACAAAUAUGGGCAGGUAUGUCCAGGAAGAACAGAAUAUAACGACGGGAAUUUUUGUUGGAUGUAUACAAGAAGAAAUAGCCACUGUAGAAUUGGUGGAUGCAACGGAUCCCGGCGAGCACAACGGCGAUACCGUCACAGAUGUGGAAGCAGGACUUGCUUCCCGUACGAAUCCUCUGGAUGAUUCCACCUCUCAAGCCAAUGAGGGAUUUUGCGCGGUGAUUUCGAUGCAUGACGGCCUCGUGCUGUAUACGACUCCCUCGAUAUGCACAGCUCUAGGAUAUCCCAAGGACGCGUGGAUUGGCCGUUCUUUCAUCGACUACGUACACCCCAAGGAUAAGGCCACACUGGCUGAUCAGAUCACGAGCAGUAUAGUGUCGCCGCAAGAAGAGAGACUGAAAGGGAUUAAUGGUAGAAGAGCAAGCUUAUUCUGUGGAUUGCGCAAGUACUCGAGAUCCGCUGUUCACGGAACAAGGGGUCAUCAGCACAUGGAACCAAGGUCGAAUUGGUACCUUUCGUUCCAUUUGACCUUGUCGUUCAGAGAUUUUCGAGACCGUGCGACUGAACAGCAACACAAAGCAAUGUUCCUGGUGGUUACUGCCCAGCCUAUUCAUUCUGCAUAUAAAGCGCCAGAAGAAACAAUAAUGUCUUCGGUAUUCACAACCCGCCACACUGCAACGUGCUACUUAUCCCAUGUUGAUCCCGACGUAGUCCAAUACUUUGGCUAUCUACCUCAAGAUAUGGUUGGCCGCUCGCUGUUCGACUUCUACCACCCCGAGGAUCUGCCCUUCAUCAAAGACAUCUAUGAGACUGUGAUCAAGCUCGAAGGUGCCUCCUUCAGAUCGAAACCAUACAGGUUCGGCGUGCAAAACGGAGGCUACGUCGUUCUCGAAACAGAGUGGUCGUCCUUUAUCAAUCCCUGGACGAAAAAACUAGAGUUUGUCGUAGGUCAGCACAGGGUACUGAAGGGUCCUGCGAAUCCGGAUAUCUUUUGCGUACCACAUGCAACCGAGUACGGUCAAUUGGCGAACAUUAGCGAGGAGGUGUUGAAAGAGGCCAAGAUCAUACAAGGAGAGAUACGUACACUUCUCAACGAGAACGUCCAAAGAAAGUCAGAUAUGACCGAGCUCGACGUGUCAAAGAGGUGCAAAGAUCUUGCAUCUUUUAUGGAAAAUCUGCUGCAAGAGACGAGGACAUCCGGUGUUGGCAAAGAUGCGCUCGCUGCCGACAACAGGAGUUUUUCGGGAUCACGCAAUCCCUUGUUGCAGGAGCACGACAGCGUGAUGCUUGGUGAGAUUUCGCCCCAUCGCGAGUACUACGACAGUAAAUCAUCCACCGAGACCCCGCCAAGUUACAAUCAGCUCAACUACAACGAAAAUAUCGAAAGGUUCUUUAAGAGUAAACCGCCAGUUGCCACCAUGUACGGCAGCGACGAAGAGAAUAUUAAUUCCAGCAAUGACGAGGGUGGAAAGACAAGUCCGAAUUCAGCCGCAAGGAAGUGUAUGUCACCGAUAAACGGAAGCGGUGCAAGCGGUAGCGGUAGUGCAGAAAACCUCAGUAGUGGUUCGAAUAAUCAAACAAGUUCAGCUAGUAGAGGUAACACAUCGAACACGACUAGCACGGAAAGCUUCAAGCCUCCAACGUUGACGGAAUCGUUGCUGAACCGACAUAACGAGGAUAUGGAGAAGUUGAUGAUGCAAAAGCACCGGGAACUUCGGUGUAGCUUUAAGAACAGCGACAAGCUGAAGGAUUCUCGAAUAAAGACAACCGAGAAAAUGUCCACGGACCCGAAUACGCAUUUUCUUAACCAAGGUCACGGCGUUAAGAGAAGCGGAAGCCAUAGUUGGGAGGGAGACAGUUUCAAAAUUUCAAAACACGACGAGGUGUCAAGAACGAGUACCGCGGGUCAGUUUCCUACGAACGUUGCAACAACAGUCACAAGUAUGAGCGUCGAUCAAUCAACCGCAAUUCAAACAGGUGCUAAUAUCAACUUGUGGCAACCUUUAUCUGUUACUGUACCACCUCCACCGCCUGCUCAACCACAUAAUGUGCCACGAAAUACAAAUUCACAAGCAAUACCCAGAAUACCAGUACUGCCGCCAAUGAUACCAGUGUAUUAUGUUCCCGUUCCACAAACUAACGAUCCUGCAGCUUUAUCAUCUCUACAGGAGAAACUUAGCCCGCCUCAAUCAAUGCAACCCCCGCAAUCAAAUCCUUAUAUUUCAUAUGUGACGACAACGAUGGCUGGUGUCAUUUAUCCUCCAGUAAUAGGUGCUCCGUCAUCCGGCAUGAUGUACAGACCUUUUUUGAUCCCUGAACAAACACCAGUCACGCGUGAAAAUAAUAAAUCUACAGUGAAUAAAUGUUCCGAUCGGAAACGACCAGCCAGUCAAGCAACAAGCGUAAAAGCAGAACCAGGCAGCACUAUGGCCAUGUCUGAAUCUUCUAAAAAAGUAUUAUCCCCUGGUGAAUUGUUCUCUUCUUGCGUAAGCAAUGAUGGAGGUUGCUCAAGUUUAAUAGACGCACCAACGCCACUGAAUCAAAAAAUUCACAAACAAAAUGACUACAACGUGGAUGAGUCGAGUUCAUCGAGCUUUUAUAGUAGUUUUCUGUACAAGAGCAGUGACAGCAGUUGUAACCCAGAUCAAAAGCCAACCGAAUAUCUGCCAGAAGACAGUAUGAAGCAACAUUAUGGUAAGCGAAGGAAAGAACCACCAUGGCUCGAAGGUGUCCAAUUAACUCCAGAAUUGAUAUACGAAUAUCAAAUACACCCAAAGACACUAAACGAAGUACUUCAAGCUGAUAUGGAUGCCUUAAAAAAUUUUAAUCAACCACUUUUGGUGAACGAUCAAUUGGGUCAACUUUAUUUGGACUUGGAGGUCGAAGGUUUCGAAACGAAGCUUGUUCUGGAAGAUGGAAUUACUUCCAGUGGUAGUGACAGCGGAAGUAGUAGUGGAAGUUGGACAGUCGGCACAAUGUCGCAGCAAAAACAUAGGAGGAGAAUGGUGAAGUACGGUAAACUCGUAAUGAUUCAUGAAGAGAAUGCACCAUUGCCACCGGCGCUACCACCUCAAGCCAUACCUUGCCAGCAGUUAUAGGAAAAACCUUAUGCCGAUCAAUUUGUAGCUGAAUACUGCUUUCAAAUUCGAAGCAUCCGUUUACAAUGUCAUACUUCGAAUUUGAUUCUAAUACUUACGAUA